ACACAGAGAGCAGCCAGAUCGAAGCGAGUAGUCAUCGUGGCCAUUGUCGAGAACCGAGAGCUCACGACAGACGAGUGACUUUAAGUUUCAUAGAAAAGCCCUUGUCCAUCCAGUAAAGAUCAUCUUUUACGGUGACCUGCCCCUCAAGAUACCACCACAAUACUGGAGCUUUCAAAACAACAGUCUGCAAUCAUUACGACAGAAUAGAAGGCGUACUCAUAAAGAGCAGAAGGCUCGUGCUGCGCUGCACACCAAGCGUGAACUAUUGUAUUUGGAGAGAGGGAAGGACAAUAAGAAUUGUAGACUGAUUGGGCAGGAGUAGUCACCGUGGGACGUCCGCAGACGACAGACGUUGCUGUGGAAGAGCAAGCGAGACACAACUAGGCACAGCUGAUCAGAGACAAGAGCGAGCAAUUAAGGCUCAAGCUCGACGACCGAGAGCGAGACUGUUAUACGAGUCGAGUGCGCGCGCACAUCGAGCGAGUAGCAGUAGAGUAAGCGCUAGGCAGCGAGCAGCUGAGUAAAAGAGAAAGAGAGAGCUUUCGAGAAGAGUGGCAGUCAGGAAUCUGAUCGAAGUGCAUGCGCGAAAUCUCGAUAAGAGGCCGGGGAGUCGCAGGAAACGAGGUUGACGAGGACGAAUUGGAGCCGAUCGGAUCGGCGCAGAAUUGCAGAAAGCGGCCGAGAGAAAGGGGGAAGGUCGACAAAGAAGCAGCGCUUGCGGUACGCGCUGGUGUUGUUAUCGUAUGUGUGUGGCUGAGGCUGCCGCUAGCAAAUUUGGCUGAGACUGACGGGCAUGGUAUACGCGACGGGUGCCUGGGGUAUGGGAGAGGCACCAACUCAGUGCCACAGCGCAGCAGCCUGCAAUCCUAGCAACACCAAUUCCCCCGUAGCCAGCGCAGCCACCUCUUUCUGCCAGGAUCACGAUGAGGAAGUCGCUCUCCAUCCACUUAAGAAUCAGGUCGGCGGUCAUACGAGGCUACUGCUGUUCAAUCAAAACACCAUCUGCAAGCCGUUGAACUGCAGAGAACUUGACUUUUACAGGAACAUUCCACAAGAUAUACAAAUGUUUGUCCCAAAAUUCAAAGGUGUGAUGCAGGCGACGAGCAGCGGCGAGGUCAAGCUUGAGAAACGCUAUAGUCCAAGUUUCAGAGACCAAGAGCAUCGGCCCGGCAAAGGCUCGACAAAGAGGAAGCGCGACGACGUUCUGAGAAUGAAGAUCCACAGGAAGAACAGCUCGGUGGACAUACUCAAGCCCGGCACGCAUUUAGACUCGUCGGCGAACAAGCAAUGUAGGUGCCAAGCGCGAGUCGUCGCUCCCUCGGCCCCGCCAAUCAUACAACUCGCUCUGCUUGCAGACUUUCUACUGCUGGAGAACAUAACGUCGCGCUACACGCACCCGUGCAUUCUGGACCUGAAGAUGGGCACCAGGCAGCACGGCGACGACGCCUCCGCGGAAAAACGCAGGACGCAAAUAGCCAAGUGCGCGGCGAGCACGUCGGCCUCGCUGGGCGUUCGCCUCUGCGGCAUGCAGGCCUACCAGGCGGACAUUGAUCAUUACGUCAAGCGCGACAAGUAUUACGGCAGAGAGCUCAACGAAGAGGGCUUCAAGCUGGCCCUCUACAGAUUUUUCCACAACGGCUAUCGCUUGAGAAUCGGCGUCAUUCAGCGAGUCAUCGCGCGGCUGGAGCAGCUACGACGCGCCAUCGAGAGGCAGAGCAGCUACCGCUUUUAUUCCUGCUCGUUGCUCGUGGUCUACGAGGGCUACGUGCUGGAUGACUACGCCGAACACCGUCACAGCCCCUCGCUACACGUGGACGAGGCGUCCAACGUCGGCUACAUGGACAACGUGGUGGUAGCGUCCCGCUCUGGGUCCGAGGCCUGCUGCUACGACGCCGACACGAGCAACCACUCGGUCGAUUACAAUCUGUCGGUGAACGAAGAAGUGAGCCAGGCCACGCUGCAUCGUGGCUUCGGAGAGGCAGCGGCGCGCGGAGCCAAGACCUCCGAGGGCUUCUACCCGGUCAACGAGGAGACAGUCUUCAUGGAGCACCCGGCCUCCCAUGCUCUCAUCAACGCCCAAACCGCCCACGACAACUGGGUGCUCUACGGCCACAGCAGCAGCAGCAGCAACAGCAGCAGCAGCAGCGGCAGUGGCAGCGGCGACGACUACUGCUGCGGGCAGCACACCGUCGUCAACUCCGAAGACACCAGCUCGGACAUCGACCUGCCGAGGAGCUCGUCCAUCGACGACGGCUGCCCGCUCAGUCGCAACCGACACCUACAUCAUAGAUCCCGUCGCAUCCGGCUCUACAACGAGGACAGCUCGAGUGAGCGUUGCGACCACGGCGAGCGCGACGUCGACGAAGACGAGGAUGAUGUCGAGGACGGGGACGAGGACGAUCGCGACCACGACCACGACCACGAUCACGACCACGACGGCGAGGACGACGACGACGACUGCGCGACCGUGUCCAAGCGCAGGAAGGUCAAGGCCACGUCGGCGAGCGUCAGUCCGCCCAAGGAUCACCUUGUGCCCGGGACCGUCGUCGACGAGACCAUGGUCGACGUGCGCAUGAUCGACUUCGCCAACACGACCUUCGGCCGCACCUCGACCUCCUGCUCCGCCAAUCCCGUUCCGUCCAACUCCAAUUCCACGGUACAUCAGGGUCCGGACUCCGGCUUCCUCAUGGGCCUCGACAGCUUGAAGCGACUGCUCCUCGAGAUUCUCACUGAGGGUUAAGCGUCCCUUACACCGCCAACGCGGAAGAAAGAACCGAGUGACAAUCUCACGCGCGUUACUUUGACACGCGAACUAUUGUGAUCACUCCUCGGACGUUCAAUGCACCUAACGCCAUACGAGAGGCUGGUGUCACUGUUACACAUACCAAGUUGGUUUCGAGUGACUUCGAGGCUGUCUUUUCAUUCUUCUUUUGUCACAAAUGAAUAUCUUUUCUGUUUUUUUUAUUUUACGUCUCACGUAUGAAAUUUAAUUAUGAUUGAGUCGAUCAAAGAUUAGACAUAAUAUGUCGAUAAAUUUCUAAAAGGGCACAUUCUAAGGGCGCCUACGAACAGUGAUAGAGAAUCAUAAAAGAGAAAGAAUAAGAGAAGAACGAGAGUGUGAGAGAUAAAUGAGCACCGAUUGAAUGCAGAGCAAAUGUGCGAUAGACAGCAACAAGUUCACGUGUACGUGCAGUCGAAGAGUAUUAAGGGAAGUUUCCUUUCCAAAACUGAAACUAGUUUAUUAGACAUUCUAUACGAGGCCUAUGUAUAUAGUUAGCAGAUAUAAUUUUAAACUACAUGUUCCACGAUGUUCUGAACGUUCAAUAAAAUACUGAAUAAUACAGUGAGUCAUGCGGAUAUGCGGGCGUCUACGUGAUCGACUUGUCUAUAUACAGCCAAUUAUUAUGUUUCGUUUAAAAAACUCUUAUGAUAUUAUAACUAAAAUCGAGUCGACAUGCGCAAGCAGGUGCACUUACGUACGUGUGUAUAAAUGUAAAUGUGUAUAAAAUUACAGUUCAUUGAUCAGUUUCAAAUUCAUUAUUCCAAGCUCCUGCCAAUAUUAACUGAAAAAAAAAUUAAGGAGACUACGUCGACAAUUCACUUUAGUACUAAGUUUUUAAUCAUUGACCAAUACUAUACAUUUCAUUUAUAUAUUUCUUGUUUUUAAGCUUUACCUUCUACUCGUUUCAUCAAAUCAUUUCAUCAAAUCAUGGUGCAUCAUGUUUAUUAUUGCAAAAAUAUUAAUUAUUAUAUUACGAAUGUUCAAUCUACGUGUGUAAACGCUCUUGAGUCAUCUAUCGAUUAACUAUUAAUAAUAAAUUACGUAGUAUGACAUGAAAAUGUCUACCCUACGAAUGAUUGAGUCAGAAAUAAGCUAAAUUAUUUCGUUAUCGUACAUUAAACUUAACAGUACGAAAACUGAAUAACUCAAAUUAUAUAUACGCAUACUAAUACAAUGAAAAUGUACAAAUUGCAGUUAAGCUGUAUUAUUUGUGUACGAAUACAAUUUCACACACACACACACACAUAUAUAUAUAUAUAUACACAUAUAUAUGUGUAUAUAUAUGUAUAUGUAUAUACACAUAUUUUUUCCAUCUACAUUGUCAUUAUCAUCCAAUACCUGGACCGAUACACGAUUGAAAGAAAUACAAAUAUAUUUGUCAAAGUUGAGAAACAAAUACGCUAGCAAGUUCCCUAAAUAUAGCAUUGUAAAAUUUUCAUGUUUCUUUUUUUGUGUAAUAAAAACAUUUAUUAUUACAAAAAGUUGCAUUAACCGAUUGUGUAUACAAUAUAUUUUUAGUAUGUAAGAUUAACUAAACGCGAUUUGUUGAACAUCCAUUUUUUCUAGUUCCUAUAUACCAUGUUGUUUCAUGUUUUGUAAUUAAAUUUUUUUAGCCAAAUUGUAUUGAGUAAAACAUAGAUUACCAUAAAUUGUACACACUGUUUGAUGAAGGGCAAUGG